CAAAAGAAUUCUCUUAUCACUUCAAUGGGCUGUGUCUCUCUUGUCUGAUUUCACCAUUCAUCUAAGCAAGCCACAGAAAGAAAAGACAUGAGCAAGAACAAGAACACAACCCUGGACACCAUGGUAACAGAGUUUAUUCUCUUGGGCUUGGCUCACCCUCCAAAUCUGAAGAUCCUCCUCUUCCUAGUCUUCUUCAUCAUCUACAUCCUGACUCAGCUGGGGAACCUGCUCAUUCUGCUCACUGUGUGGGUUGACCCAAAGCUCCAUGCCCGACCCAUGUAUAUCCUCCUGGGGGUGCUCUCAUUCCUGGACAUGUGGCUCUCCUCGGUCAUAGUUCCUCGCAUUAUUUUAAACUUCACUCCUGCUAGCAAGGUUAUCCCAUUCGGUGGUUGCGUGGCUCAGCUGUAUGCCUUUCACUUCCUGGGCAGUACCCAGUGCUUCCUCUACACUUUGAUGGCCUAUGACAGGUAUCUGGCAAUAUGUCAGCCUCUGCGCUACCCCGUGCUCAUGAAUGGGAGGUUGUGCACUAUCCUUGUGGCAGGAGCGUGGGUAGCUGGUUCCAUCCACGGCUCUAUCCAGGCCACCUUAACCUUUCGCCUGCCCUACUGUGGCCCCAACCAGGUAGAUUACUUUUUCUGUGACAUCCCAGCAGUGUUGCGACUGGCCUGUGCUGACACAACUAUCAACGAGCUUGUGACUUUUGUGGACAUUGGGGUAGUGGCUGCCAGCUGCUUCAUGUUAAUUCUGCUCUCCUACGCCAACAUAGUCCAUGCCAUUCUGAAGAUACGCACGGCCGAUGGCCGGCGCAGGGCCUUCUCCACAUGUGGCUCCCACCUAACUGUCGUCACAGUCUAUUACGUUCCCUGUAUUUUCAUCUAUCUCAGGCCUGGCUCCAAGAGCCCACUGGAUGGAGCAGUGGCUGUGUUUUACACUGUGGUCACUCCAUUGCUGAACCCCCUCAUCUACACUCUGAGGAACCAGGAUGUGAAGUCAGCUCUGAAGAGGAUAGCAGCAGGCCGAGGGGCCACAAAUGAAAAUAAGUAA